CGAAGACGAACACUUUCGCUGUCCUUCCUUCCGCGAUGCCCUUAAAAAGCGGCGCGGAUUUCCUCGUGGCCGAGGGUACCGGAGAGAUCGUGGCCGCUUGCCUAGCUCCGCAGCACGGCGUAGCUCUCCGCAGCACUCCGUAGUCCCGUCACCUCCACGGGGUGUCGCUUUCAGUCCCCCGAGCGCGUAGGGGCCCGGCAGGUGUAAGACAGCGUUCCCAUUCACCGCGACGUAGUGUCGCGAGCCAGUCACGCCGCCACCGUUCUCGAAAGAAAAUCGCGCUGGCUCGUGUUUCCACCAUCGUAGUUUCUCGUCGCCGGUUCGUCCAUCCCGAUCGUCCUCGUUCGACGAAACGUGCUCGGAUAUCGGCGCGCAGCUGGUGAACGCGCAUCGAAGAACAGGCGAGAAACACGCCACGAAAAUGUUCGACGCGCGCUAACGGUGACCCAGAACGGCGAGAAACUGGUCUGUCGAUGGUUCUGCGGAAGAACGAGGGGGCCCGACAGCGGACAGAGUGGACAUCUUCGGAGUUCGUGGAUUUUUCGACGCGGUUCUCGGCCGGAAUCGUUCGGUAACGGCGAGAGAUGUCGUCGGUUCGGUGACGAUGUGAACGUUGAUCGCGCAUUAGCCGAGCAGACAGGCCGAGAUCGUUCGUGAGAUAGUUCGUUGUCGAGCCUGGGAGGAAUAAAAAAUGGUUUUCUUCGGGAGGAAGGAGAAGAUCGAGGACCGCCGGCUGUUGGCCAGCAUCGACGACGUGAACGGGACCAAAUUGUACCAGAUCGAAAAUGCCGCCUUCAUGCACGUCCGCGACAACCUGGAGGAGCUGGGCAAGGUGGCGGACGACACGGACCUGCUCUUCCUCAAGGGUCUCCUGGACAGUCCGGUCGUGAACUCUCUGGUGAAGGUCCAGGAGCGAUUGGAGGAUCCUCCUCUCCACGUGAAACCGGUAUGCUCGUCCGUCUGUGACAUCGUCGACGAGGUCUGCCACGCGCUCCGCGCCUCCAGGGACGAGAACGCGCGGGAACUUACGCGACUGCUGCGAAGCUCCCACCUGAAAGCUCUUCUGGAGACGCACGACGCGGUCGUCGAGAGCAAACGAGCACCUGCGAAGCCGCAACCAUUGCCGCCGACGAUGCCCACCAACGAGAGGACAGAGGCUGUGAGGAUGGUUGGCCUUAGACGGCAGCCCGACGAACCUCUGGGUCUGACGGUGCAGGUCGACGAGUCCGGCAACCUGAUAAUUGCCAGGAUCCUGGGCGGCAGCACGGCAGCCAGGCAAGGACUCCUCAGGACCGGCGAAGUGAUCCUCGAGGUGAACGGAAAGGAUGUCCGCAACCCUGAGGAGCUUCAAGAAGCCAUUCACGAGGCGAAGGAGAACCUCACGCUGAAGCUGGCGCCCGGAAUAGCGAGCGAUGGCAACCGGCCUGUCAAAUCGACGUGUUACAUGAGAGCACUCUUCGACUACGACCCUGCCGAGGACACGCUGUUGCCUUGCAGAGAGAUCGGGCUGCCCUUCCAGAAGGGCGACGUGUUGCAGAUCGUUGACCAAGCGGAUCCAAACUGGUGGCAAGCUAGACGAGUCGAGGGAGAGGGUCUCGGUCCGCCGGGUCUGGUCCCGUCCCUGGAGCUCGAAGAACGCCGGAAAGCGUUCGUUCCGCCGGAAGCCGAUUUCGUCCAUAAGAUCAGCAUCUGCGGCACCAGGAUCUCCAAGAAGAAGAAGAGGAAGAUGUACCAGUCGAAGUCCAACGGCGAGUUCGACGGCGCGGAGCUGCUUUUGUACGAGGAGGUCGCGAGAAUGCCACCUUUCAGGCGCAAAACGCUGGCCUUGGUCGGUCCCAGGGGCGUGGGACGCAGGACCCUGAAGAACAGGCUGAUCAACAGCGAUCCUGAGAAGUUCGGCACCAUCGUCCCAUACACCUCGAGGCCUCCGAGAGUCCUCGAAGAGGACGGGAAGAGCUACUGGUUCACGGAUCGCGACUCGAUGGAGACGGACAUCAAGGAGCACCGGUACCUCGAGUACGGCGAGCACGGCGGCCAUCUUUACGGGACGAAGUUGGACUCGGUGCGGGAGCUAAUUAGAGCCGGAAGGAUGUGCGUGUUGGAUUGCAGUCCGGCCGCGUUGAAGAUCCUUCAUAACAGCACCGAGUUCAUGCCUUACGUGAUCUUCAUAGCCGCGCCCGGAAUGGAACAAUUGAAGUGCUUGUACGACCUUGGCCGGUCGACCGGCGCGAGCAGUCGAAACUUGAUGUUUGACCGCGCGAGUUCCAUCAGGUUCAGCUCGAGGAGAGCCAGGACGCUGGAGUCCCUUGCAUCGUUGUACGAGGAGGACGAUCUGAAGUCCACGUUGGAGGAGUCCGCAGCGCUGCAACGCGCCUACGAGAAGUACAUCGACCUGGUGAUAGUGAACGAGGACUUCGACAACACGUUCCAACAGGUGAUCGCCGCGUUGGACUGCCUAGCCACCGAGCACCAAUGGGUGCCCGUGAACUGGAUCUACUAGGGUCCUCUGGGCCCGGUGUCCCAAGGCCUUUGCACCCCGAAGCGCCGCGACUAACGAGGGAAUGGACAGACGGACAGGACUAAUUUUCGUUCUUUCGAUCAUUCCCGAGAACGUUCGAAACUCAUCGAUGCCUGUGGAACACGGGAUGGUGACCUUCGUAGUCCAGAAGCCGGACUUCGACCUUCGGGCCGGCGAUCUCGUGCCGACGAUCGAGUGUAUCGUUCUCUCUCGUGCAACGCUAUCAGUUCUGUUUCUUUUUUCUUCUUUUUUAAUCGUCGUACUAUGUGUAUAGGAAGCCUAGCGUGUUGUAUGUAUGUACAUUGUGUCCCGGAAUCUCCCUAAUUUAAUGGUACACUCGGCCGAGAGAACGCUGUCUCUCCGUGCGCAAGGGAAGCGGCCGGGGCUACGAAGGUUCGCGACCGUCAGAGAGGCAACAACCCCUUCAUUGCCGUUUCUAGCAAGUACAAUCAUAGCAUUUACGUUACGUUACGUUGUUUUAGGUUUACGAGCACGACCCGUUCCGCGAGAUCCGACGAAGCGUUCGAGGCAACCGGUUGCCAAAAUCCGCCUUCCGGCGUAGGCUCCGUUUCGUUGAAAGUCCAUCGAGAGCCUAAUUGAGAGUCGACGAAGCGCGCGAAACGAUCGUUUUCAUCGUUCGCCCGGUUCGUCCCGAUUGUUACGCGACGUUUCUGCUGUGUCGCGAUGCCGCGGAGAAAGAAGCAAUCGCUCAAGAGUCGUGUCCGGCGCGGACGCGAUCAAUGGAAAAUUGCUUUCUUUUCGUUACAUUCCCUCCGGUGACGAAGCGCGACGGGAACGGGUCGGUAAGAGUAAGCAUUAGACCGCCGUCCAAUUAAUUUUAGGAUAACGCCUAGUUUUUAAUUUGCCCACGGAGCACGCGUACGUACACAAAGGUACGCGAGUUAGUUUUGCGAUUUCAAGUGCAAGUGAAGUGACUCGUUUCUGUUCUUUUCUUUUCCUUCUGUUUUUUAUAUUUAAGUAUAUACAGGGUGAAUCGCGUGAAAACACGGUCGGAGUCGCGAAAUAAAAGGAUCAUCUUCUAUGACAGAAACUAUACUGCUGGAUACACGAUAUAUGAUUUAUUUAGUAUAUAAGAGGGUUUUAAUCAUUUUCUUUCGAAUAAUAAUCUCUAUUUUACCGAUUAAAUCGUAUUUUACCGAGGACAGUUUAUCGUUUGAAAAAUUCAUAAAAAUUGAACAAUUUAUGAAAGAAAAAGCUCGUCUAUCUCUAAGCUUUAAAGCUGUUAAUCAAACGAAAGAAAUUGCCUUUUAGAAUAAGAGUUUCCAAUUUUAUACGAAGAUUAAGGCUUCAGUUGACUUUUGUAUCUUUGAUCAUUUAUUCAGUGAUCAUAAAAUGAAGAAUUUAAUGCGGAUCAUUUCGACGAUGAUUCAGUUCGACGUUAUAAAUGACGGAAUGGAGAUUGGAGAAUUUUAUUUCGCGAUUUCGUCGCACAUCUUUUAUAAAAAAAGUAGCUUAGCACCGUGCACCCUGUGUAUACAGGGGUUAUCGUGAGAGAUUAUUGUGCAUUGUGUACUCGAUGGAUCCUCUUUGUACCGCUCGUGCACGCUGAACGUAUUCCUGGCAUAGAGUGCCUUAAUAGCGCAGCCCUUUAAGGGCCGCGGCGAAGACCUACUAUGUCGAUCGAGGCGAAGAAGAUUCUCCUCGGCCCAAGAGUUUCACGUUAAGAACGCGUUAAGACCAUCGACACCGCGUUCUCUUUUCUAAUUUUUCAUGGCUCCGGCCUCGUAUGCACGCGGACACACACACACACAAGCGGCUCUGUACGCGAAUGUACACGCAGCGCGACACACACACACGGAAGAAAUAAAGUUUUAUCGAGCGUUUA